UUUGUGGUUAAUGGUGUCAUGUGAUUAGUGUAUGACAUAACAGAAAGGUCAACACAUGCUACGCCUCAGGUUAAGCUCAACAUGAAGGCUAAGAUUGUACUACUUUGGAGUUUGGCAGUCUGUGUGUGUACAAGUUUCACAUCAGUGGGAGGUGAGUUCAUACUGACAGUCAACUUGGUUAACUACACUAACCCAACCGGACUGUGUGCUGAAUGUCUGAGUUCGCUAUAUACAAGCUAUCCUAACGAGACAAUACUUGUGUGUUGUGACGAACUACCAUUCAGUACAGCCAACUGUGACAACACAGGAGAGGGGAGAUGUGACACCAGGUUCCAUUGGACCAUCAGACCAUUCGGUGCAUCACUAGAGACAAGACCCAGCAUGGGGUACUUCUUCACAGACUGUACAAUGUCCCCCAGCACUUGCCCAUUCAGUGAAACGAACACAACAUUCGGUCAAGGUCCAACAGCACUACUGGGAGUAACACCCAAUCCUCUAUCUGUCUCAAGAACAGACCUUAUUGUAUGGACCGGACAAAUACAGUUCUUCAUACAAGCCAUUGAAAGCAGACUCCCGAACAUAAUAGACAGUCUGUUGAUUGACCUGGACAACCUCCAACUUGGAGCAGACUUCACAGAGGAGAUGACGUUCACUGGAUUCCACAACGUAUCUCACAUGACUAUCAGCUUCAGAGUCGAGUGCUCUCCUGGUUUCUGUGGACCUGACUGUACCACAACACCUCAGAACAAUCCACGAGUGGCGACAUGCCAAGCUGAUGGCACUCUAACAUGUACUGAUAAUCGAUUAGACCCUUCACCUCUUGUAGCCUGCAGCGACUGCCUCUACAACCUGGAUAUUACUACAGACUGCUCCACUUGUGUGCAGACCAACUAUGACCCAGCCAUCAAUUGCACAGCCUGCCUUCCUGGAUAUGAUAUUGACAAAAGCUGCUCAACAUGUAUCAAUACAAACUAUGAUCCUGAUAUAACUUGCUCUACAUGUAUUAUAGGUACAAGAUAUGAUCCAUUGACCAACUGUGCAUCAUGUGUCGACGUAAACUUCAAUCCUUCCGAUGGCUGUACAUCAUGUUUGUUGGAAUUCUACGAUCUACAGACAAACUGCACUCAGUGUCUACCCAACAGAGAUCCCUCUACCAACUGCACCCAGUGCCUACCCAACAGAGAUCCCUCUACCAACUGUACCCAGUGUCUACCCAACAGAGAUCCUUCUACCAACUGCUCCCUCUGCCUACCAGGCUGGGGCACCACCUCGGAUUGUACUAGUUGCCUACACAACAGAGUUCCCUCUACCAACUGCAUCCAGUGUCUACCCAACAGAGAUCCCUCUACCAACUGCACCCAGUGCCUACCCAACAGAGAUCCCUCUACCAACUGUACCCAGUGUCUACCCAACAGAGAUCCUUUUACCAACUGCUCCCUCUGCCUACCAGGCUGGGGCACCACCUCGGAUUGUACUAGUUGCCUACACAACAGAGAUCCCUCUACCAACUGCACCCAGUGUCUACCUAACAGAGAUCCCUCCACCAACUGCACCCAGUGCCUACCAGGCUGGGACAUCACCUCAGACUGUACUAGUUGCCUACCCAACAGAGACCCAGUCACCAGUUGCUCCCUCUGCCUGCAACCAGACAGGUUCACUGAUACAGACUGCAGUGUGUGUGCUCUACCAGGAGGGGACCCAGCAACACUCUGUCAAACCUGCUUGGCCACUAACUUCGACCCUACCACAAAUUGCUCAGAGUGCAUAGGCAAUCGUGAUCUCGGCUCCAGCUGCUCUACUUGUCUGCCUGGAUAUGACAGUAACCGUGACUGUGCAGUGUGUCUUUCUGAACGAAACAUAUCCACAAUAUGUCCCACCUGUCUGUCUGGAUUCACUGGCAGUAACUGUGAACCUGCACUAGUUACAGAAUCUUCACUAAGUGUGGGAGUGGUGGGUGGUAUCGCUGGAGGAGUGGGUGGAGUUUUGCUGCUCAUCAUUCUAGUAAUGGCCGUGCUCCUCAUCCUACUUACAGUCCGUAUCAGAAAGAGUGGUAACCAAGACAUCAGUACUGCCACUACUACAGAUAAAGAAGUUACAGAAGUCAUGGAAAUGAAUCAAAAUCCCGUGUACAGUAUGGGUACGAAUGAAACACUAACUACGGACCACGAAGCUAACCACACCCACCAGUACGAGACUGUGGACACACCCAUUGAAAUGAAUCAGAACCCUGUGUACAGUGCAACCAAUGCUACUAAUAUUGAAGCUGACUACUAUGAGAACGAUGGUCUGGGUCCAACAAGAAAUGAGCAGCAACCGGAAUACGAUUAUAUUCAAGUGUGAAAGUACAACAAACACCUUAUAGCUAUAUGUACACAUGCAGACACAAAAAUUAAACACAUUUAAUAAUUAUUACUUGCGAUUU